GACCACGAUCCAUAAACAAAUAAUCGUCACCGUCAGCAUUUGCCGCCGAUCCGAGCGCCAUUCGAUAAGAUACAGCCCGCGAACAAACAUCCCAACAUGGAAUGGUGAAUGUGUAAAAUGGCCAAGUCUUUAGAUGACGUUUCGAAAAAAAACAGUGAGGACGACACGACAAUGGACGGUGACAGCGAAGAGCCGCAACGUUGGUUGCGCAUCAAUCCGAACCUGAUCAUGUUGAAAGUGACACUGUUUGUGAUGUACGGAGCCACUGCUUCUCUUUUGCCCUAUCUUACCAUUCACAUGCAGAGUAUAGGAUUGACAGUGCCUGAAAUUUCCUUUGUGUAUCUCGCUUUGCCCUUUACAACCUUUCUAAGUCCGCCGAUUACUGGAUUCCUAGUGGACCGCUUCGGUGAAUACAAACCUGUUGUGAUAACAGCGUUAAUAUUAAAUGCAGCGUUUCAUCAUUCGUUACUACUCAUUCCACAUCAAGAGACUCCUGGAGUCAUGCCGUCAGCUUACGUCAUGCAACACCCGAUUACCGGAGAUGUCGAGAUAUGGUGGAGUCCCUGUCCAAGCCGCGAAUGUCCCGACGAAGAUGAGCAAAUGGACUUCAUCCUGGACAGAUGCGUGGACCACUGCGAGUCCAGAUCUACUGAGAAGCCAACCAGUGACCCUGAUGACGACAUCGAUGAUAUCGACGUACAUAUUUUUCAAAAAAUUAAGCCUCCCAAUUUGUCUAACGUUAGUUUCCCGAUAGAAGUCGAAGAAGAAUACAAUGAUGCUGCAUUCUUUCAAGUUGAAGUUCACGAUGAUUUAGAAGAUCCCAAAGAGCAACUUGGUAUUGAAAUGGAAAGAGAUGAUAACGAAACGUUCACAGACUUCAAAUCAAGAUUUGGCGAACAUGUGCUUCAAAGUCAAGGUGUAAAUAUAACAGCUCUUGAGAAGGAGGAUUUGCGUUGCGGUGGCCUCGUCAGAUAUCACAACAUGACGUACUUAUCUCGAGAACGUUUGAAGACUUUGUCUUCAGACUGUAUGGUUCAGAAAUGUGAAUUUAGACGUGGAGGUCCCGAUAUUUGUCCACCAGAUUACAAAGAAAGUGACGACAAAACAUUCUACAUUUAUUUUUUCUUGAGAUUCUUGGGCACUAUUAUGUUAUCUGCUGGAGUAACAAUCAUGGAUCCUAUAGCCCUAACAAUGAUACAAAAGUACGGAGGGGAUUUUGGUCGAGAACGUUUAUUUUCAAGCAUAGGGAUGGCGAUAUUUUCUCCUAUAACUGGCAUGCUCAUAGAUAUGAGGAGUAAACAAGUCGGGUACACCGACUACUCGGCUGCAUUUUACACAUAUGACGUCCUUCUUCUGGUGUCCGCUAUCACUGUUGCUGUGAUGCCUUUGGGAGCCAAAUUACCCGCGGACAAUCUACUCCAUGACUUAGUAAACAUCAUCAAGAUGCCCCACAUAAUUAUCUUCAUAUUUUUCCUCUUCGCCUUGGGAAAUUUUUGGGGAUUCAUCGAAUCUUAUCUCUUCCUGUAUUUGAAGGAAUUAGGGGCGCCUAAUUUCUUAUUGGGAAUAACCGUGACCGUGGGCACGCUGUCGAGCAUCCCGUUCCUGUACGGAGCAGAUGCCAUCACCGCCCGCAUAGGUCAUGUAAACGUCAUCAUCGUCGCGUUCUUCUCCCACGCAGCCAGACUUGUUGGAUAUUCCUUUAUCGAAAACUCUUGGUGGUGUUUCCCGUUCGAAGCUAUGGAAUCAUUAUCGGUGCAUCUAAUGUGGGUAGCGGCAGCAACGUACUGUGCUAUGUUGGCUCCUAAGAGUCUACUUGCCACACUGAUUGGGGUUCUGGGAAUGGCACAUUUCAGUCUUGGGCGAGGUAGCGGUAGUUUUGGCGGAGGUCUCCUCAUUGCUUCCCUCGGGACCAGAGAGGCAUUUCGUUAUAUGGGCUUAAUAGCAUUCCUUGGUGGAGUACUGUAUGGAUUACUGCAUUAUUUCUGGCUGCGCAAGAUUACUAUGUCCGAUAUGGAUUUUAAUAAUUGUACAGAACAGUACGCAGAAAAUGGAGAAUCAGAUAAAUUAAAUGGUGAACCGUUACGCAAGGAUGCUGAAACCAUGGUGUCUUUGGAGAGGUUGCACAUGAUCACACGAUAUAAUCCUCUGGGAUCGCUGCACUCGUUGCCAAGAGGUUCGCGGGCUAGGCUGUCCCAAGGCGACAUAAACGAUCUCUGUCGAAGCAGAAGCGGCAGCAACAGCCAACGUCGAUGCAGUAACAUCGAGAUAUCUCCCAAGACACCCCAAGGUUCCAGCUCGAAAGUGGAUCUUCUCCGAUCAGCUCUUGAAAUCAGUCACCAACACGGGAAGACGCAUAACAAUGUAUCCAAUCCUGUUCUAUCGAAUUCUAGCCGUCCCAGUCAUUAUAAAUUCACACACAGCGCCCCAAAGUUAAGUCAAAGGAAUAAUAUUUCCCAACCAGUUCUGACUGAAUACGAUACACGCCGGCGAGAUUCUAUUCCAGAAGAGGCCGAGGAAGACCGCCUUGUAGCAGCCAAGAAUGUUAAACCUGCCAAAACAAAAAGCGAUCACCUAAGACCUCCUCCAAGUUAUGACGAAGUGAUAAGCGAACACAGGAAAAGCUGGCACUCCGAUGAUAGUACGCCUGCAUAAACUUUGGGCAUAGUAAAACAGACCCUAUUUUUACGUCUGUUUAAGGUAGUUGUUUUCUAAUAUCGACUUAACAUUUUUUUUUUUAAGAAAAUGGAGUUAGUAUUAAUACUGAUAUGUAAUGUAGUUAUUUUUCGUCACUGUUAGAUCACACCGUCUCAAAUAUAGCAAAUAAAAAACUAUGUACUGUAAAUAUUAAGAAGGUAUUGUGAAUUCUACAAAAUUAUUGGAUAUGACGUAAUACAGUGCUUUUAUAAGUGAAUUUGAAUAUUUGUUAAUCCAUUUUUGUACAUUUUAUACGUAAUCUUGAUCUGAAAUGUAGUUCGGAAUAGAAAGCAAAAAAGGCUUUAAUUUAUUUAAGUUGUAGAUAGAAAUUUCUGUAAAGUACAUUAAUCUUUAUGAACUAUGUUUUUUUUUAUUAUUCUUUUACUAAUAUUAUUU